AUGUUCCGCUGCCGGGUUACUGCUUUCCAGUCGCAACGGUGCCGUCGGUUCUCCCAAUGGAAAUACAGGAACAAUGACAAUGGACACACAUCAAAUAAAAUCACUGGCAGUACUUUCUUUUCUGGAAUCUGGAAGAUCCCGGCCACGUUAGGCUUUGCAUUCAUCGGGUUUUUGCAGUGGCAGCACCUGACCCAGACGACGGACGAGGAGCGCAAGACUCAUCCAGCGGCAGCAUUGCGUCGUCUUCCUGGUAGUAAUUAUACGGCGUUUGAGAAUACGAUGGCCACGGAGCGUCAAUUGCAGUCGCUCAAGCUCUUCCCGUAUCGUGCUGUGAGUCGACUUUGGGGAGAGGUUCACAAUAAGGAGCUACCAAUGUGGCUGCGUGAACCUGUGUACAAAGCGUGGACCGCCGUGUUUGACUGUAAACUGGACGAGAUGAAGUACCCGCUUCGAAACUACGCUAAUCUCGGUGAAUUCUUCUCACGACCACUGAAAGAUGGUGCUCGUCCGUUUGAUAGAACUCCAGGUCAUCUUGCGAGUCCCGUCGAUGGAACAGUAGCCUCGAUCGGUGAGGUGGAUGACUCAAACAAUGUACCGCUUUUGGAACAGAUUAAAGGCGCACGCUACAGACUAGACGAGUUCAUUGGCGACCUGCCGUCGUUCUUUGCUGAUAAAACAUUGGGUAAAAAGAUGUGUUACUGUGUACUGUAUCUUGCACCAGGCGAAUACCAUCGCAUCCAUGCUCCUGUGGACUGGCAGGUUGAUGAGCGCCGUCAUUUUCCAGGAAACCUUUUUCCUGUUAACCAUAAUGCUGCCCGGCUUAUCCCGAGUCUAUUUGUGGAAAAUGAGCGAGUGGCUUUGCUUGGUAAAUGGGAGCACGGCUUUUUUUCUCUUACAGCUGUUGGCGCAACCAACGUGGGUUCCAUAGUUAUCACGAAAGAGCCUGAAUUUUGCACUAAUACUGCCGCACAAGAUUUUCUGGUAGGCCAGUGUAUUGCUAACAAGUACAGCGACCAUUGUCAUACAGCACGCGGCGAGGAAAUGGCACAGUUUAAGCUUGGCUCUACGGUUGUGUUGGUGUUUGAGGCUCCCACGUCGUUCCAAUUCACUAUCAAGCCAGGUGACAAGCUAUUGCUUGGCAAAUGUAUCGGAAAGGUAGUGGCGUGA